UGUGUGUGCGUUGCCCCAUAUUGACAGACAACUCCCCAGCUGCCAGCAGCCGUCGCCCCGCAGUCCUCGCCUCUUCCUCCGGGCUGCAGAAGCUCUGUCAGCGGCUGCGUGGAUCGCCCAGAACCAGGAGCGGAACCGGGCGCAGCUGCAGGUGCCUUCCCGGCCUGCAUGAGAGGAGAGGCGGCCGCAGCAGAGACUCCAGAACGGGGUUCCGCCUGGAUCGAUGUGAUUCCUGGAGGAAAGUAAAGAUGGCAGCCGCUGGCCCCUCCCGGACCCCGUAGUUUGACAGACAGCUCCCCCAGGAGUCUCUCCUGCAUCUCCUCUCCCUGGAGGCACCAUGUCUGCAGCUCAGACCCAGAAGGAGGGUGGUGAGCCCGGCUGGGGGUGUCUGGAGUCUCUGGGCCUCAGUCAGAGGGAGCUGGUUCUGGCCGAGGCGCUCCAGAUGGAGUACGACGCUCUCUCCCGGCUCAAACAGGACAAGAAUGAGAGCGGGUCCAGCCCCGCGGAGCCCGGCCCCCCAUGUCAGACCCGCUUAAAGCCGCAGAAUCCUUUCAUCGAGCGGACCCCACCCACUCAGAACCUCCCCGCCCCCCCAGAGGAGAACCUGCUGAUGGAUCUCUCUGGACCAGACUCCUCCCAGAACCAGCCUGGAGGCUCCCAGUUUCCGCUGCCCCUCCCACCCCGACCGGCCCCUCCUCAGGGGUUCAUAAAGGAGUCGCCGUACAUCCUGGACAGUCCAGAGGGGGGGAAGCUCAGGGACCUCUGCGGUUCCGGUCCAGGCGACCCUUUUGGACCCAGCCUAGCGUUUAUCUCUAAAGGCUCAGCUCUCCCUGACGAUGUGCCCCCUGCCGUCCCUCCCAGACACCCCCUGCCCCCUCCCUCAGCCUCAGAAGUCCCCCUCCUGCCCCCCCGACCAUCCAGCGCCCCCCGAGACGUGAACCUGUUCCAGCCGGACGUGGACCAGCUGAAGGUGACGUCAGCAGAACUCAACUAUGACAUCAUCAACGACUCGCUGUCAAGACUCAACGAGGGCCGGCCCCCACCGCUGGCCCGCCGCACCAGCAGGGACCAACCGGGGAAGCCCGUGGCUCGCAGUAAGACCCUCCCCCCCCAGGUGCCGCCCAGGACCUACAUACCUGCAGCCAAGAGCAACAAGAACCAGCGGCGGGUUUCUGCUGACCCGGUGUCUCUGGGCUCCAGGACCAAUGGCUUUGGAUACGAGCUGUUCCAGGUGUCGGAGGAGAGAGACGAGGAGGUGGCGGCGUUCUGUCACAUGCUGGAUGUGCUGCGCUCAGCGUACCCUUCCUCGGACCCCUCCAAGAACCCGGGCUUCGUGUGGUCUCCCUCGGUGGGCCAUGACGAGCUGCACCAGGCUCUGGGCGUGGCAGUGAAGGUGACGGUGGUCAGCGAGGACUUCAGGGACCCCCUGACCUUCACCUGUGACGGCUCGUCCACGGUGGACCUGCUGAUCUACCAGACUCUGUGCUACACUCAGGACCACCUGGACCACCUGGAUGUGGACGACUACCUGCUGAAGGUCUGCGGACACGAGGAGUUCCUCAGCAACUCUCAGACUCUGGCUGGGCUGGAGUUUGUCCAGCAGUGUCUGAAGUUCGACUGGGACAUCCGGCUGUUUCUCACCAAGAGAUCCACCGUCAACACACAGCUGGCCCGCACGAGAGAAGAUGACGACACGCCGUCCUCCAUGAACCACUGCAUCCUGCUGCAGGAGCGUCCCAUCAAACAGACGGUCACCAGGGAGGCUCUGACGCUGCUGCUGGACACGUUUCACAACGAGGCCGAGUCCUUCCUGCUGUCAGAGGCGGAGCUACUGCUGCACGUGGAGCGGCUCGUCCAAUCAGCGAAGGCGCUCUGCAGCUCAUUAGCUUCCGUGGAAACCCCGGACGUGACGGCGGCCCUGAACCAGCUCCCAGCAUGCCCCUGUCGCCUGCAGCCUAAGGUUCUGAAGGAUGCAUCAGUGCUGUCGCUCAGAGAGAACAGAGAGUCGGUGGUGGAGAAGCUGACGGCGGCCAUCUUGGAUCUGGUGGAGCUGUACUGCAGCACCUUUAACGCCAACUUCCACACCAGCCCGCAGAGUCAGAGCGGCACGGCGCCGGUGCAGGAGGCCGGCCUGGUCACCAACGUGCUGUCCUUCAACGUGUACGCCGCCCACCGCGUCCCCAUCACCUGGGCCACCAGCUACGAGGGUUUCUUCCUGUCCUGCUCGCUGACGCAUGGAGGCGUGGAGCUUUGCGCGCCGCAGCACACCAGCAAGCAGGCUGUCAGUAAAUACCUGUUCCACCUGGUGGUGUGGGACCAGAGGGUGUGCUUCCCGGUUCAGAUCAACCAGCUGCCCCGGGAGUCCCAGCUGACCGUCACGCUGUACGCCAGCCCUCUGCCGCCCCCUGGAGGAGCGGAUGACCGCAGCAAGCAGAGGCGCAGUGUGGAGGCUCUGGGCUGGGUCACCAUGCCGCUCUUUAAUUUCAGACAUGUCCUGACAUGCGGCAGGAAGUUACUGGGCCUGUGGCCUUCGACGCCGGGGGGGAGCGGAAACGCCAGAACCAGUCUGCCCAACUUCAGCCAGCCGGACAGCGUCAUCCUGCAGGUGGACUUCCCCACAUCCUCCUUCGAGGUGUUCUUCAGCACACCUGCUCCCGCAGACUUCUGCCCUCAGUACGACUUCAGCAGGCUGGACACCAUCGGUCAGAUCCAGCUGCGGGACGUCCUGCAGAAGAAGGCCUUCUUCUGGCUGACGACUGAAGACAAGCGCUUGCUGUGGGAGAAGAAGGCCUUCUGUCAGUCAGAGAGUGCAGCGCUGCCGCUGGUUCUGGCUAGCGCCCCCUGCUGGCAGUGGUCAUGUCUGCCUGAAAUCUACGCCCUGCUGCGUCAGUGGGCGUGUCUGGGCUACCUGGACGCUCUGGGCCUGCUGCAUGCAUUGUUUCCAGAUCAGGAACUGAGGAGGACGGCGGUUCAAUGGAUGGACUCCAUAUCAGACCCGGAGCUGCUGGACUUCCUGCCUCAGCUGGUUCAGGCUCUGAAGUACGAGUGUUACCUGGACAGCUCUCUGGUGCGCUUCCUCCUGCGGCGAGCCAUCGGGGACAUCCGCAUCGCUCACUACCUGUUCUGGCUGCUGAAGGACAACCUGCAGGACAGUCAGUUCAGCGCUCGCUAUCAGCACCUGCUGGCCGCUCUGCUGUGCUGCGUGGGCCGAGCUCUGAGGGACGAGUUUGACCGGCAGUGCUGGCUCGUCUCCAUCCUCACCAAGGUGGCCCAGAAGGUCCGAGAUGCGCCGCCGUCCAGCAGACAGGGCGUCCUGAGAGAAAGUCUGGAGGAGAUGAAGCAGUUCUUCUCCGUCAACAGCAGCUGCAGGCUACCUCUGAACCCGGCGCUGCUUGUCUCAGCAAUCAACAUCCAGUCCUGCUCCUUCUUCAACUCCAACGCUGUCCCUCUGAAGCUGUCCUUCCAGAACCUGGACCCCCGGGGAGACAACAUCAGCGUCAUCUUCAAGUCAGGGGACGACCUGCGGCAGGACAUGCUGACUCUGCAGAUGAUCCGGAUCAUGAACAAGAUCUGGAUCCAGGAGGGGCUGGACAUGCGGAUGGUCAUCUUCAAGUGCUUCUCCACGGGCAGAGGGCGAGGUAUGGUGGAGAUGAUUCCUCACGCUGACACUCUGAGGAAGAUCCAGGUGGAACACGGGGUGACGGGAUCCUUCAAGGAUCGGACGCUGGCCGACUGGCUGCAGAAGCACAACCCCACCGAUGAGCAGUACGACAAGGCGGUGGAGAACUUCAUCUAUUCGUGCGCCGGCUGCUGCGUGGCCACCUACAUCCUGGGGAUCUGCGACCGCCACAACGACAACAUCAUGCUGAAGACCAGCGGCCACAUGUUCCACAUCGACUUCGGAAAGUUCCUGGGACACGCCCAGAUGUUCGGCAACAUCAAACGGGACCGCGCGCCGUUCGUCUUCACCUCCGACAUGGCGUACGUCAUCAACGGGGGAGACAAACCUUCCAGCCGCUUCCACGAAUUCGUGGAUCUCUGCUGUGAGGCGUACAACCUGAUCCGCAAGCACACGCACCUGUUCCUCAACCUGCUGGGCCUGAUGCUGUCCUGUGGGAUUCCUGAACUGUCUGACCUGGAUGACCUGAAGUACGUCUAUGACGCCCUGAGGCCUCACGAGUCUGAGGCUGAUGCCACCAUGUACUUCACCAGGUUGAUUGAGUCCAGUCUGGGCAGCGUUGCCACCAAGCUGAACUUCUUCAUCCACAACCUGGCUCAGAUGAAGUUCGCCUCGUCUGAGGAUCGCCCCUCGCUGUCCUUCGCUCCCAGAGUCCACACGGCGAGGAGCGACGGCGUCAUCAAGAACCUCUACGUCUGCAAGCACCUGCGCACCGCCAACAAAGGCUAUGUUUUCGUGGUGAAGGUGGAGCGUGAGGGCCAGCAGGAGGUGACGCUGGUCCAGAGGACGUUUGAGGAGUUCCAGGAACUUCACAGCAAACUGAGGCUGGUCUUCCCCUCCUCCAAACUGCCCAGUUUCCCCAGCCGCUUCGUGAUUGGCCGUUCCCGCAGCGAGGCGACGGCGGACAGGAGGAAGGAUGAGCUGAACGGCUACGUGUGGCACCUGAUCCACGCGGCGCCGGAGGUGGCUCAGUGUGACCUGGUCUACACCUUCUUCCACCCUCUGUCCAGAGAUGAGAGGACUGCAGGACACAGCAGCAAACCAGCAGAGGUGUCCUGGUCUCCAGCCGCAGGAACGGAGCUUGGGGAGGUCAAACUGUCCAUCUCCUACAAGAACAACAAGCUCCUCAUCAUGGUGAUCCACAUCAGAGGCCUGCAGCCCCUCCAGGACGGCACGGACCCGGACCCCUACGUGAAGCUGUACCUGCUGCCGGACCCCCAGAAGACCAGCAAGAGGAAGACCAAGGCGGCGCGACGCACCUGUAACCCCACCUACAACGAGAUGCUGGUCUACGACCGGAUCCCCCGGGGGGACCUGGACCAGAGGGUGAUCCACCUGAGGGUUCUGAGCGACGGCGCCUUCUGGGAGAACACGCUGCUGGGGGAGACCUUCAUCCCCCUGACUAGGCUAGUCCCGGGUCAGCACUGGGUGGACUGGCACCAACUGGGCCGGGCCGGCUCAGAGUCGGCCCACUGAGGGGCGGGAAGCCCAGGGGAGUCCUUUCAAAGUAAAAGCUGCUGCAGGUGCUUAGCUGUAGACAUUUCAGAUGAUUUAAUGUGACGUUUGGUUGAAGCUGGACUAACCUUUGUAACUGGAGUCUGCAAGGCGAUGGAGCUGCUGCCGGGGUUCUGGUUCUGGGUCCAGACACGUCUCCAUCAGCCCGCCCUCUGACCCACUGACAGCAGCUGGAAACAGGAAGUGACGAGCCGGAGAAGAGAAGGACUGAGACCCACUCUUCAAUCCUCAGAAUUAAACACAGAACCGCUCAGAGUCCAGGAGUUUGGACCCGCCAAGGUCCGCCUCUGUCCCCCGACCCGGUUUUAAGGUUUCUCUGGGACACUUGAUUUAUUUUUAUGCGCUGUAGACCAGACGAAUGUGGCAGCUGUAGAACCCAGGACCCGGUCCAGUUAGGUGACCCGGCUCGGCCCGGCUGCAGACAGAAAGGGGCGGAGCCUCGACGUAUCUGAAGACGCGGCUGAUUCUCUCCUCCCAGCUCUGAUUGGCUGUGAUCUGGCUGAGGUGUGAUUGGCCCUUCCUCAGCUCUGAGCUCUGAUUGGCUGGGGCUCCCUGUGUCCCCGCCUUCCUUCACACACCUUGCAGAGGUCAGGCUUGUGUAGCAGCUGUGGUCUCAGCAGGUGACUGCAGGUGUUACCGCGGUGACUCCUGGGGCUGCCUGACCAAUCAGCUUCCCCGCAGAGCGACCACCAGCGCCGCUCGUCUGCCAGCAGUGAUCUGCCUCCAUCAGCCGGGCCGACCCGUUCAGCUCCUUUGACCGAUGUAAACGUCACAGAUUCUGGAUGCUGAGAUAAAAAUGUUUUUGUAAAUAAUGUUGAAUGUGCAGAACCUGAGGAACCCCGGGCGGAGCAGCAGGUUCUGGUUCUGGUUCUGGUUCUCCUGUCAGCUGGGAUUGGCCGUGUCCAACCUUUGUUGUGCGUUAGGAGGAAAACUCGCCGACUGAAUGCACCCAGUCUCUGUUCUGCAGAUCCAUGACUGUGAUUGGUCCGCUGGUCCAAGCUGGCGCACCUGAGCAGGAUGUGGGGUCAGAAACCUGGCCGGGCUUACAGGGUCUGAUGGGGUUCUUUGCACAACCAGCAGGAGGUAAGCUGGACCUGAUGAACCUGCAGACGCCAUGAUGGGACCAGCAACACAAGAAGGGCGAUCGCUCUGGUCAGGUGGCGUAAAGGUGAGAGCAGGGAGGCUCCGCCCACCACCUUGCUCAGACAGUGUAGGCUCCGCCCCCUGGAUGGCCACCGCUUGAUUAGACUGAACCUUGAAAAUAAAAAUGUGACGAGUUACUUUAACUGGAAUCUUUUUUCAUUAUUUGCACUAAAAACAAUAAACUUGAAGUGAAAACUCU